CCUCUAUACAAACAGGCUGAGGAGGGAAAGUCCAUGGCAUGCUGCCUCUCCAAUUCAUGGUCCAAAGAGUCAAUGCCUCAUCUCCUCACAUGUACCUUCCCUUUAUAAAUCCCAACAUUUUACUGACUUGGUUUUGAAGCCAUGAAGUCCUCUCCUCUCCUCUCCAAUGGCAGACACUUGACCCACCAUAGGGCCAGCCAUACAUUAAUUCUAUCACCUUGAUGUGGCACUCAAACCCAAGUUAAAAAGCCCCCCUAGUUGAAUUGGGCACACUUAUCUCCUCUCUCUCUCUCUCUCUCUUCUUCUUCUCUCCCUUGAGUUCAGAGCUUGUUCCUUCUCUCGUUGAAUUUCUUGUCUCCAAGUUUUUUCUGAUCUAAAUUGUUGGGCACAUUGCUGUCUUCAUGGGGAGGCACUCGUGCUGCUACAAGCAGAAGCUGAGGAAGGGUCUGUGGUCUCCUGAGGAGGACGAGAAGCUGCUCGACCACAUCACCAAGUUCGGCCAUGGCUGCUGGAGCUCUGUACCCAAGCUGGCAGGCUUGCAGAGGUGCGGGAAGAGCUGCCGGUUGAGGUGGAUAAACUACCUGCGGCCGGACCUCAAGCGGGGCAUGUUCUCCGAGGAGGAGGAGAGGCUCAUCGUCGAACUCCACGCCGUGUUGGGCAACAGGUGGUCUCAGAUUGCGUCGCGAUUGCCCGGGAGGACGGACAACGAGAUCAAGAACUACUGGAACUCCUGCAUCAAGAAGAGGCUGAAGCAAAAUGGGAUCGACCCGGACACCCACAAGCCGCUGAAAGACCACAAACCGGCCGCCACCGAAACCGGCGACGAGCCACCCGUCGCCGUAGCUCCCUCGACCACCACCCCGGUUGAGAAUUCGAGCUCCCUCUCGAGGGAGCAGCCCUCGAGCCACAACCCGACGCCGCUCUGCUGGUUCGAGCCGACGAGCUACGGCAGCGACGCACUGAUUGCUUCGGUGGUGAAUCUGCCGCGAGAAGAAGCUUGCUUUCAGCCAUUGCAGUACUUGGAGGGGGGAAUCGGAAUCGGCAUCAUGAACCCGAGCAGCAGCAGCGGGAGCAGCGUGAAUAGCAGUGGAGUGGAGAUGCAGAGCUACAACAGUCCUCUAAUGGAAAUCAGUGGCAUGUUUCCAUGGUCAGAUCAGUUGCUGCUUCCAAACAAAGGAGCUGAAAUCCACAUUGAA